GCCCACUCCAUCCGCAUCGACGGAGACAUCAUCCUGGGCGGCCUGUUCCCCGUGCACGCCCGGGGCGAACGCGGCGUAGCCUGCGGCGAGCUGAAGAAGGAGAAAGGGAUUCACCGUCUGGAGGCCAUGUUGUUCGCCAUCGAUCUCAUCAAUAAGGACCCGGAGUUGCUUCCUAACGUGACGCUAGGUGCGCGUAUCCUGGACACGUGCUCGCGUGACACCUACGCCCUGGAGCAAUCGCUUACCUUCGUGCAGGCCUUGAUCGAGCGGGACGGUUCGGACGUGCGCUGCGCCAAUGGAGAUGCGCCCAUCUUUACAAAGCCUGAUAAGAUUGUCGGAGUGAUCGGUGCUGCGGCUAGCUCGGUGUCCAUCAUGGUUGCUAACAUACUGCGCCUCUUCAAGAUUCCUCAGAUCAGCUAUGCUUCGACGGCACCGGACCUUAGCGACAACACCCGCUAUGACUUCUUCUCACGCGUCGUGCCGCCGGACUCCUACCAGGCGCAGGCCAUGCUGGACAUCGUCACGGCGAUGGGCUGGAACUACGUGUCCACACUGGCAUCGGAGGGCAGCUAUGGUGAAAGCGGCGUGGAGGCCUUUGUCCAGAUCUCCAGGGAGAUGGGUGGUGUGUGUAUCGCACAGUCCCUGAAGAUCCCGCGUGAGCCCAAGUCGGGGGAGUUCUUCAAGAUCAUCGACAGGCUGAUGGAGACCCCCAAUGCCCGAGCCAUCAUCAUGUUUGCAAAUGAGGACGACAUCAGGCGAGUGCUGGAUGCCGCCAGGCGCAGGAACCAGACGGGUCACUUCCUGUGGGUGGGCUCGGACAGCUGGGGCUCCAAGGUCUCGCCGGUGGUGGGCCAGGAGGAAGUGGCAGAGGGGGCCAUCACCAUCCUACCUAAGAGGGCUUCCGUUGAUGCUUUCGAUCGAUACUUCAAGAGUCGCUCGCUGUCCAACAAUAGGAGGAACGUCUGGUUCGCCGAGUUUUGGGAGGAGAACUUCAACUGCAAGCUGGGCAUGCACGGCAAGCGACCGGGGAGCCCCAAGAAGUGCACAGCUCUGGAGAAGGUGGGCCGUGACUCCAGCUACGAGCAGGAGGGCAAGGUGCAGUUUGUCAUGGACGCGGUGUACGCCAUGGCCCACGCUCUGCACCGCAUGCACAAGGACCUGUGCUCCGGCUACCCAGGCCUCUGCCCACGCAUGAGUAGCAUCAACGGCAAGGAGCUGCUCUUCUACAUUCGCCAGGUCAACUUCAAUGGCACUGCCGGGACUCCUGUGAUGUUCAACGAGAACGGAGACGCGCCGGGACGCUACGACAUCUUCCAGUACCAGAGGAACAGGACAAACGCAGAGUCAUCGUACAAGGUCAUCGGCCAUUGGUCCAACAAGCUGCACCUGAAUGUGGAUGGCAUGCGUUGGCACGGCAUGCCCCUCCGUGUCGUCGACCCCUCCCUGCCCCUCUCCAUCUGCAGCUCCCCCUGCAGGACGGGCGAGCGCAAGAAGAUCGUGAAAGGCGUCCCUUGUUGCUGGCACUGUGAGCGCUGCGAGGGCUACCACUACCAGGCCAGCGAGCUCACCUGCGAGCUGUGCCCGUACGAAGAGCGGCCCGACACCAACCGCACGGGCUGCCAGCCCAUCCCCAUCAUCAAGCUGGAGUGGCACUCUCCCUGGGCCGUGGUGCCCGUCUUCGUGUCGGUCCUGGGAAUCCUGGCGACGACGUUUGUGAUUGUCACGUUCGUGCGCUACAACGACACGCCCAUCGUGCGGGCGUCGGGCCGUGAGAUGAGCUACGUGCUUCUAACGGGCAUCUUCCUGUGCUACGCCAUCACCUUCCUGAUGAUCGCCGCGCCCGACGUGGCCGUCUGCUCGUUCCGGCGGCUGUUUCUCGGCAUGGGCAUGUGCUUCAGCUACGCCGCGCUGCUCACCAAGACCAACCGCAUCCACCGCAUCUUCGAGCAAGGCAAGAAGUCGGUGACGGCGCCGCGCUUCAUCAGCCCGGCGUCGCAGCUGGUCAUCACCUUCAGCCUGAUCUCCGUGCAGCUGCUGGGUGUGCUGGUUUGGUUUGCGCGCGACCCGCCGCACAUCGUGUUUGACUUUGACGAGCAGCGCACGCAGGACCCAGUCAACGCGCGCGGCGUCCUGAAGUGCGACAUCUCGGACCUGUCGCUCAUCUGCUCACUAGGUUACAGCAUCCUCCUCAUGGUCACGUGCACGGUGUACGCCAUUAAGACACGGGGCGUGCCAGAGACCUUCAACGAGGCCAAGCCCAUUGGAUUUACUAUGUACACUACCUGCAUCAUUUGGCUGGCUUUUAUUCCCAUCUUCUUCGGAACGGCACAGUCAGCAGAAAGGAUGUACAUCCAGACGGCCACGCUGACCAUCUCCAUGAGCCUGAGCGCCUCGGUGUCGCUGGGCAUGCUCUACGUGCCCAAGGUGUACAUCAUCCUCUUCCACCCGGAGCAGAACGUGCCCAAGCGCAAGCGCAGCUUCAAGGCCAUCGUCACCGCCGCCACCAUGUCGGGCAAGCUGACGGCCAAGGCUGCCGACCGGCCCAACGGCGAGGUCAAGACAGAGCUGUGCGAGAGCAUGGAGACCAACACUUCAUCGACCAAGACGACAUAUGUGAGCUAUAGCAAUCAUGCCAUCUGAGAGAGAGA